AUGACAGAAUGGAACUCACCAUGCCAAGCCAAAAGGUGCAAGAAUAAAGUGAGACGGUACCUUGACAAAGGUGAUGCACGCUCGACUGGCAACAUGCGGAAGCAUGUGCGUUCGUGCUGGGGUGAUGAAGUGUUGAAAGCCGCUGAUCAGGCCAAGGAUGCCAAUGAGCGCAAAGGGAAAGGGAAAGUGACAUACUCGCAUCAUCAACAUACGCGCGCAGAAACAAGGCCAGAAUACCACAUACCUUCCCCAUCCACUGUUUCGUGUGAUGUGUGGCAAGUCUUUGUGCGAACUCAACGGCGUGUUGCUACAAUGCUACAGGAAUAUGAUGGUAAAGUAAAUUUUACCACUGACGGUUGGUCGUCGCCCAACCAUCGUGCGUUGGUUGCUUUUUCAGCGCAUUUCGAGCAUAAGGGGGAGCCGCUAAGCAUACCAUUAGACGUGGUUGAAGUCAGGAAGGUAAAGGCUUACCUAUCUAGUAGGUAG